AUGUCGUCGUCUCGUGCUCCCGUCCUCUACAUCCCGCAUUCGGUGAGACCAGCCUACCUUGGCCCUGCUGACUUUCGACAGUGCCCGGUCGAGAUGUUCGAGCAAACGUCGCGCAUGCGCCCCGCGUUGCUGAAGUUGGGCGACGCUCUCGUUGCCAAAAAGCCAAAGGGUUUUGUCGUUAUCUCGUCCUACUGGGCCAACGACGACCACGGUGUCGCCGUCAAUGAGGACUCGACCAAUCCCCUCGUUUACAAGUACGAUCUGCGUGACCGCGCUUUGACCCGCUCCAAGCUGGACGGCGAGUUCUUCAAUGUGCGGUUUACGAGCCACGGCGACGCCGCAAUGCUCGAUGCCGUCAAGAGGGCGCUGAAGGACGGUAACGUCCCUUUCGAGUCAAAGAAGCGGGGGCUGGACAACGGUGUCAUGUUUGGGGAGAAGACCGACAUCCCCAUCGUCCAAGUGUCGCUCUACGGCGAGGACGACAUCAAGCUCGCCACCGAGCUUGGCAAGGCCCUCUCUGCUGUCCGUGACCAGGGUUACACCCUCGUCUGCAUCGGUCAGCCGCUGACGAGGCCGGACACUCAGAGCAUCAGUGACUCCGAGUCUAUGGACUACAUGCGCGCAGUGCGCGAUGCUGUCACGGCCGAUGACCCGCUCAAGGCAACACUGGCGCUGCAGGACAAUCCAGUGUUCCCCAAAAUCCCGUUUAAAAGGGACUACCAGCCCCUUGUCGUUGCCACCGCUGCGGUCCUGCCGGGUGAUAAGAGCGAGAUCAUCGCCGGCGGAAGCGACUCGGUCAGCCGAGACUACCUUGGAUACGAUACAGGGUAUGAGGGGCCCAUGGGCUGGGUCCUGUCCAUACAUAAGUAG